AUGGCGUCCGCAGCAUCAGCACAGCAGCCUGUGCUUAGGACAAAGACACCUUCCUACCAUGCUCCUCCCUCCACCAACCCUCUCUCCGGCGCGACCAUCCACACGCUUCGAUGCUUGGAUACGCCCAUUCACCUCGGCUACCACCUUAUCCCUCACAUCGCCAAGACCCUCCUCUCCACGCUCCCAUCUUCUACCUACGUCCUCAUCACCGACCAGCAUCUCGAAUCAAGAUGCAGCGUCACCACCGCUUUCCGCCGCGAGUUCGAAAAGGCCGCCUCUGAUCUCUCUGCAACUCACACCUGGAGGCUUCUCACAAAGGUCAUCCCGCCCGGCGAGGCUUCCAAAAGUCGAGAGGGCAAGAACGCUAUCGAGGACUGGAUGUUUGAGCACCGUGUCACCCGAGACGCCGUCGUUCUCGCCGUCGGUGGUGGUGUCAUCGGUGAUCUCGUCGGUUUUGUAGCAGCUACCUUUAUGCGCGGCCUCAAGUUUGUUCAGAUCCCCACCACGCUCCUCGCCAUGGUCGACUCGGCCGUGGGCGGCAAGACCGCAAUCGACCACCCGCUCGGCAAGAACCUCAUCGGCAGCUUCCACCAGCCAAACUACGUCUUCAUCGAUGCCGCCUGGCUCAAGACACUUCCCGCCCGUGAGUUCAGCAACGGCAUGGCCGAGGUCGUCAAAACUGCGGCCAUCUGGGAUCCCAUCGACUUUGCAAAGCUCGAAUCCAGUGCGCCGGCCAUUCGUUCCGCUGUACUCGGCCCCUUCGCAAAAGAUGCCCCACUUGACCAAGGUAGGACCCUGGACACCCGAACCGAGGCCCAGUCGCUUUUGCUCGAUGUCAUCCGCGGCUCCGUCGGUGUCAAGGCCUACAUCGUCACCAUCGAUGAAAAGGAGACCGGCCUGCGCAACCUCGUCAACUUUGGACACACCAUCGGUCACGCCAUCGAAGCCGUGCUCACACCUGAGAUGCUCCACGGAGAGUGCAUCUCGAUCGGAAUGAUCCUCGAGGCCGAGGUCGCUCGCUACAUGCACGGCCUCAGCCAAGUCGCCAUCGGUCGUCUCACUCGCUGCCUCAAGGAGUACGACUUGCCCGUCUCGCUCUCCGACUCGCGCGUCACCCGUCUCGCCAAGUCGCUCGAUGUCACCGUCGACCGCCUCCUCGACAUCAUGAAGGUCGACAAGAAGAACUCUGGCAGCAACAAAAAGAUUGUCCUUCUGAGCUCGAUCGGUGACACUGUCGAAGACAAGGCUUCCACCGUUAGCGACGACAUCAUUCGCCGCGUCCUCUCCCUUGGUGCCACCGUCACCCCGGUCUUGGAGCAGCCCAACAAUGCAAAGGUCACCCUCUCCACCCCUGGUUCCAAGUCCAUCUCCAACCGCGCCCUCGUACUCGCCGCUCUGGCUGGCAACACCUGCCGUCUUCGCAACAUGCUCCACUCGGACGACACCCAGGUUAUGAUGGCCGGUCUUCACGAUCUUCAAGCCGCUCGUUUCGAGUUUGAGGAUGGUGGAGAGACCAUUGUCGUCCACGGCAACGGCGGCGCGCUCGCACGCCCUGCCAACGACAAGCAGAUCUACCUCCAGAAUGCAGGCACUGCUGCCCGCUUCAUGGCCACCGUCGUCAGCUUGGUGCACAACGACGGCAACCAGCAACCCGUCGUCAUUACCGGCAACAAGCGUAUGAAGGAACGACCCAUCGGUGCCCUCGUUGACGCCCUCCGAUCCAACGGCACCUCGAUUGAUUACCUCGAGGGCCAAGGUUGCUUGCCGCUUGCAGUCAAGGGCACCACUCACGGCUUCAAGGGAGGCAAGAUCCAGCUUUCAGCCACCAUCUCUUCGCAGUACGUUUCGUCCAUCCUCCUGUGCGCUCCGUACGCUGCCGAGGAAGUCGUGCUUGAGCUUGUUGGCGGUCAGGUCAUUUCGCAGCUCUACAUCGACAUGACCAUUGCCAUGAUGGCCACGUUCGGCAUCAAGGUCGAGCGUCUCUCGGAUCCUGCUACUGGUCGUCCUUCGAACACCUACCGCAUCCCCAAAGGCCACUACGUCUCGCCCGACAUCUAUGACAUUGAGAGCGACGCCAGCAGUGCCACCUACCCUCUCGCCAUCGCUGCCAUCACCGGCACCGAGUGCACCGUGCCCAACAUCGGCUCGGCCUCGCUCCAGGGAGACGCGCGCUUCGCCAAGGAGGUUCUCGAGCCCAUGGGCUGCACCGUCGUCCAGACCGCCACAUCGACCACCGUCACCGGCCCUAAGAUCGGCCAACUCCGUCAGAUUGGACUCGUCGACAUGGAGCCCAUGACGGACGCCUUCCUUACCGCAUCCGUCCUGCUCGCCGUCGCUGCUCAGCCUCCUGCCAACGGGUCCACUUCCACCGCUCGCCCCUCUACACGCAUCACCGGCAUCGCCAACCAGCGAGUCAAGGAGUGCAACCGCAUCCGUGCCAUGAUGGACGAGCUCGCCAAAUUUGGCGUCGACACCAAGGAGCACGAAGACGGUCUCGAGAUCUUCGGUAUCGACUACCGCCAGCUGCGCGCCAACGUACACGUCCACUGCUACGACGACCACCGUGUUGCCAUGGCCUUCUCUGUGCUCGCCAGUCUGGCUCCGGGUGCGAUUCUGGAGGAGAAGCGAUGUGUAGAAAAGACGUGGCCAAACUGGUGGGACGAUCUCGAGCGCAAGCUCGGCAUCCGCGCCCACGGUGUCGACCCCGAAUGCUCGCCCAGCCUCUGCAUCUCGCCUUCGCACUUCAACAAGGCCACUGCUGCCACCACCAACGGCAGGCAGGCAGCGUCGCUGUCCCAGCUGACCUCGAGCAAAGCCCUGACCCCGCGCAAAUACAGCAAAGACGCCACCAUCAUUUGCAUCGGCAUGCGUGCUUCCGGAAAGACUUUCCUGGGAGCCAUCGGUGCUGCCGCGCUCUCGCGUACCUUCAUCGACGCCGAUGUGGUCUUCAACGAGAAGCUGGGCGUUAAGGAUGGCCUCGGUGACUUUGUCAAACAACACGGAUGGCCUGCUUUCCGUCAGAAGGAGCUCGAGAUCCUGCAAGAAAUGAUCGCUCGUCAUCCCAGCGGCGCACUCAUCUCGCUAGGCGGUGGAGUGGUCGAGACGGAAGCCUGCAGAAGCAUCUUGGCCGAGUACGCGCAGACGAAAGGGCCGGUCGUCUACAUCGUCCGCGACACGGAUGCCAUCGUCAGAUUUUUGGCCACCAGCGAUCGCCCCGCGUACGGCGAGCCGGUGAUGGACGUCUACCGUCGUCGAAACCCUUGGUUCGGCGAGUGCUCGUCGGCCGAGCUCGUUUCGUACUCGGAAGGCGAGUCGUUGGCUGUCCAGCCUUGUGCGAUGAACGUACCCGAUCCUUCAUUCACGAUUCAGAAGAAGUUUGGCCUGGAGUCGGAAGUGGCGCGCUUCUUCAAGUUCAUCACUGGCGCGGACACGAAUCAGAUCGACGAUCUCGUCGUCGACAGUCGCAAAGGCGGACGACGAACGUACUUCCUCAGUCUCACCUUCCCGGACGUCGUGCCCAAGCUGGAGCUGAUCCGAAGCAUGGAGACCGGCUGCGAUGCGCUCGAGUUCCGCGCCGAUCUGCUCAACCCCUCCGGCCAACCCGUCACCUCCCCUCAGAUCCCACCGACGGAAUACGUCAAGAACCAACUCGCCGCCUUGCGUCACCGCACGUCGCUCCCCAUCGUCUUCACCGUCCGGACCCACUCCCAGGGCGGAAUGUUCCCCGACGGUAACCCCAAAGAGUACUUCGAGCUCAUCAACCUCGCGCUCCGUCACGGUUGCGAGUACAUCGAUCUCGAGCUGGGCUGGGACGACGAUCUGCUCGCCGCGGUCGUCGAAGCCAAAGGUUACAGUGAGAUCAUCGCUUCGUGGCACGAUUGGUCCGGUCAUCUCGACUGGGAGAGCGAGUCUACGGCAAAGAUCUACGCGAGAGCGUGUCGUUUUGGUGAUGUCGCAAAGAUCAUCGGCAAGGCGAAUACGAUGGAGGACAACUACAGCCUCGAACGCUUCCGUGCCAAGGUGUCGGCUAGCACGACGAAGCCUCUGUUGGCGGUCAACAUGGGUGCCGUGGGUCAAUUCAGCAGGAUCGUCAACCCGGUGUUUACGCCGAUCACGCACGAAGCUAUGCCGUCGAAAGCUGCGCCGGGUCAGCUGUCGUUCCGAGAGAUUCAGAUGGCUCUGUCGCUGAUCGGACAGGCUGAGCCUCAUCGGUUCGCGCUCUUCGGCACCCCAAUUGCUCACAGUCUGAGCCCGUUGCUGCACAACACUGGAUUUGCAACGCUAGGUCUGCCGCACCGAUACGACCUGUUGGAAACAACCGAGAUCGACGACACCAUUACCGCCUUUGUCCGUUCCCCCGACUUUGGCGGUGCCAGCGUCACCAUCCCCCACAAGCUCAACAUCAUCAAACUGCUCGACUCUGUCACCGACGAAGCGAAAGCCAUCGGCGCCGUCAACACCAUCAUCCCCGUUCGAGAUGCAUCGGGAACGGUCACUUCGCUCGUCGGAGACAAUACGGAUUGGAUCGCGAUCGAGACUCUGGCACGAAAGUCGUUGCGGACGACGCACCUGGCGGAUCCAAAUCUGACCGGGUUGGUGAUCGGUGCUGGUGGUUCUGCGAGGGCGGCACUGUUUGCACUGUACCGGAUGGGUGUGAAGCGGAUCCUGCUGUUCAACCGAACGUUGGAGAACGCCGAGAGGCUGGCGAAGGAGGUUCCUGUGGAAUGGAACGUCAACGUGCUGACCUCGCUGGAGGACGUUGCUUCGCUGCCCGUCGAGCUCUCCCCCUCAGUGGUGGUCAGCAACAUCCCAGCCGAGGGUUCCACCCUCACCGCCGAACCAGGUCUCAUCCACCUUCCCCCCUCCAUCCUCCGCAACCCCGUCGGCGGCGUUGUCAUCGAUAUGAGCUACAAACCCUACCACACCGCUCUGCUGCAGCUCGUGUCGCAGGUCAACACGACCACCGAACUCGCGAUCGGCACAAACACAACGAAGGCCCCGAUCCGAAAGCUCUGGACUGCGAUCCCGGGCAUCACGAUCUUGUUGGAACAGGGCUGCCAUCAGUUUGCCAGGUGGACGGUACUGUAUAUCCCCAAGAACAGUGCCACCGCAACUGAGUCGUCCGCGUAUUUGCGCCGGACCGUGCCUAUCAAGAUCACUUCCUGGGCGGACUGGAUCCCUAUCCCGACCGCCUGGUGUGCCAUCGAGUGGGCGUCUAGCAGCGUCGCGCCCGACUCCCCUGUAGGUCUUUCCCCUCCAAGCACGCUGCCCGGCCUCUUUGUCUUCCCUCACAGUCCUUUCACGAUGGCCUCCACCUUCAAUAUCGAAGCAAUGUACGCGCACGGCACACCGCCCCUCUUCAUGCCCAUCUCCAUGGCUGCUGCCAUCGGGCCCUACUUCAUCCUCGUCUUCCUUCUGUCCGUUCUCUGUGGCAUCAAUCUCGCGCUCUUCUGCAUCUACUUCCACCUCUACUUCUUCAAACCCCAGAACCGCGAUCCUUUCCUCCUCCGAAUCUCGGUCCUAUUGUCCGUCCUCUGCAACCUCGCUCUAGCGCUGUACGGAUUCAUCUCGUACUACAUUGGCGAUCUCUUCCAGCUCUACUCCAACCCAGGAUAUGAUGUCAACAAGAUCGAGGUUUACGUCGUACCGUUCCACACCUUGAGCGGGAUACCAGUUGCGAUUGGACAAAUGUACUUUGCUAUUCGAAUUGCGAAGCUCUUCGACUCACGAAGCAUUUUCACCCAAUUCGGUUUCGCCUUCGCAGUGAUUACAAUCUCCGUCCAGUUUGCACUGAUCAACUGGUUUGGAGCAGCAUUCUACUCCGUCGGGUAUAAAACCCGUCUCCUCGACCCGCAGAAACAACACUGGGUCAAAGGCAUCCUGGAUUCCUGGACCGUCGUGUUCAUCUUGAUCGAGCUGUGCAUGCUCCUCACCACCAUCGCUAGACUCAUGGUGUUGCGAGGACAAACCAGUAUGGACGCCGCUCGAAGGGUGAUCUGGAAGCUGGCGAUGUACAGCAUCCAGGGUCAGAUCUUGUUGACGGGCUACUCGUUGAGCAGUCUGUGUCUGUUCAGCAGUAGCGAAACGGCCAGCCCAGGUGUUGUGAAAGCAUCGUGCAUCCCAGGGACCCUUGCGAUUGCUUUGCCUCUGAGCACACAAGCCGGAUCAGGCAUCAACCGAGGCCCCCACACCGGUUCCGGCACCGAAGCCGCCGCCUCCGACCUCAACGGCCCGCAGCGCAAAUCCAUCCUCUCCAACUUUGACUUCUCCGAGAUUGCCUCCCUCCAGCUUCCCUCCGCCUCCGGUAUCGCCGAGUACGCCAUCUUCGACCAGGAAGACGCACUUGCCGUGCACGGCUCCCAAAUGUCCUUCACGAAAUCCUUCGAGCCGGAACAGGUCCGUCAACUCAUCGACGUCUUCACCCAAGCCUCUGCCCCCAGCGUCUCGGAGCAGGAACUCAAGGAAAACUCGAGGGAAAUCACACUCGCCGGCAAGACCUACACCUUGAGCGGUCCCAGAGGCGGUCAGUACCCCUUGGAGGUUGUAACGUUGCACGAGAAGGGCGACGGCGGAGACGUGCUGUUCGCCGCCCCAACGGCGACCUUGUUGUUGGUGUUCAAGACGGCCGAAGGCGCCAAUGUUUUGCAUCAGAGCAAUGAGAAGCAGGGCGUUUGGACCGCUGUCAGGUCCUUCGCAUUCGCUCUCUCGGAGAAGGGUCUCUGA